CAGACACCGCGCCGCAGCCUCCUCCCCCAGACAUGUCUGCUUAGACCCGAGCAGCCCCGCCGCCAGCCCCAGCCCGCCGCCGGCUCCGAGCUAUGACAGGAGUAUUUGACAGAAGGGUCCCCAACAUCAGAUCCGGCGACUUCCAAGCUCCUUUCCAGACGGCCGCAGCCAUGCACCACCCGUCCCAGGAAUCUCCCACUUUACCCGAGUCCUCCGCUACGGAUUCCGACUACUACAGCCCGGCGGGGGGAGCCCCGCACGGCUACUGCUCGCCUACCUCGGCUUCCUACGGCAAAGCGCUCAACCCCUACCAGUACCAGUACCACGGCAUGAACGGAUCUGCCGGGAACUAUCCUGCCAAAGCCUAUGCAGACUACAGCUACGCCAGCCCCUACCACCAGUACAGCGGGGCGUACAACCGCGUCCAGAGCUCUGCCAGCCAGCCAGAGAAGGAGGUGGCGGAGCCCGAGGUGCGGAUGGUGAACGGCAAACCAAAGAAAGUGCGCAAACCCCGGACUAUUUAUUCCAGCUUUCAGCUGGCAGCGUUGCAGAGGAGGUUUCAGAAGACCCAGUACCUCGCCCUGCCCGAGCGGGCCGAGCUGGCAGCCUCCCUGGGACUCACGCAAACACAGGUGAAAAUCUGGUUUCAGAAUAAAAGAUCCAAGAUCAAGAAGAUCAUGAAAAACGGGGAGAUGCCUCCGGAGCACAGCCCCAGCUCCAGCGACCCCAUGGCCUGCAACUCUCCACAGUCACCUGCGGUUUGGGAACCUCAGGGCUCGUCCCGCUCCCUCAGCCACCAUGCCCACGCACACGCUCACCCUCCAAACUCCAACCCGUCCCCUGCAUCCAGCUACCUGGAGAGCUCCACUUCCUGGUACCCCGCUGCCAACUCCAUCAACUCCCACCUCCAACCCCACGGCUCCCUACAGCACCCGUUAGCGCUGGCCUCUGGGACGAUUUAUUAGAGCCUGACCCUUAUUAUUUUAUUAUUUUUUUGUUGUUCCUUGGACUCCUGUGUUUUACUGUUAAGGAAUAAUAACGAAAGGAAUGCAUAUGGGGAAUUUUUAAAAGGGAAAAGAAACAAACAAAAAGAUUAAAAUGUGUAAAGCUUGUGCAUGUAACUUAUUGCAUUUCAAAGGAAACCCUUUUUUAUACAAUACGGACAUUUUUUUUUUGGCUCAGCUGUGGACACUAUCAUUGGUGCCUUGAAAUCUAUGACCUCAACUUUUCCAGAGACUUUUUUCAAUGUUAUUUUAACCCUGUAAAUAAUUGUAGAUAGAGGAAUUAAACUGUAUAUUCUGAAUAAAAUAAAAUUAUUUCG